AUAUGAAUCGACGAAGUAAGAUAACGGCAUUCUUGUCGCUUCGCUCUCAUGAACGCUGUGUAUCAAGGAUAACGGGCGGCCGUAUCUGUUCACUAGAUACAUUCUUGUCUUAGCUUUGAGUUUUUGUGGACCUUUACUCUUCUGUUGUGUGAGCAACCGUGCUAGGACCUUUAAUUGACAUGGCGCAUAUUCGAGACAAGUACACUGUACUUCUCUGCGGGGGCCCUCGUGUAGGGAAAACAUGGUUCGCAAAACGCUACUGCAGUGGACAUGUUACUAGUGGAUUCGAAGGUCCCUACUACUCGAAAAAUGUCAACAUCAAUGGCCACAUCUGUCAGCUCGUGAUACUGGAAACGUCUUGCCUGGACGAAGGAGCCUUCGGACGGACAGCAGGCACGGCUGUCCCAGACGCUAUAAUUCUAAUGUACAAUAUCACCGACGAGUCGAGUUUCCUUUACCUGGAGAACUAUGUUAAUCGGAUCAAGGAACACAGGACACCCAGACUCGGCAUGACUCUUCUAGUCGGCAGUAUGGUUGACUUGGCUCACACCAGCCGGCGUGUACGCCGGGUCCUGCCACAGAUGCUUUCCAAGAAACCCUGUCUGCUGUUCUAUGAAGUCAGCAGCCUUACAAAUCACCGCAUUAGCGACGUGUUUCAAGCUAUCAUAAACAAAAUAGCAAGUGAAAUGCCACCCCAGCUUGGAAUUGCCCGACCUCUCACUGAGCUCACUUUCACGGUCACAAUUAUAGGUCCCCCCGGUGUUGGAAAAACUUCCCUUGCACUUCAAUAUUCUGGCGAUUCAGCAUACGUUCGUAAGGCGACCGUGGUACCCGAUAUCAUCAGGAAGACCAGCGCUGUUGACGGCCACAUAGUCGAGCUUGAACUUUGGGACACAGCCGGUCAAGAGAAAUUCCAGGCCCUCACGCCUUCGGUUCUACGCAAAGCAAACGCGGUGGUGCUAAUGUAUAGCCUCGUGGACCGUGCAACGUUCAGGCAAUUAGACUACUUCCUCAACCAGGUCGCGGAGGUCGCUCCGUCAAACCUUAUGGUGACGGCUGUGGUCGGCAACAUGUUGGACAAGGAGGAGGAACGGUGCGUGCAGAGAAGGGAAGGAGCAGUAUAUGCUCAAAAGCACGGCUUUCUGUUUUUGGAAGUGAGCUGUGUAACGACACAUGGAGUGAACGACCUGUUUGAAGAAAUCAUCAGAUGGCUCUUAUGCUCACAGCCGUUCAGACGACCCUCCGUGGGAAACGCAAUUGAACUUCAAGACGAGCCCGAACCGCGAGGCCAGGAAAAGAAAAAGCGCGCACGCUGCUGAGUAUACAACUAUUCGCCUCCAACAGCACGACGGGUUGAAGAGGAGGACUUCCGGUUCAUCUGCGCAGUUUUAUUAAGUUGCGUGUUUAAUAAAAUGUAUACCUAGACCUCAUAA